UGCCUUUCUGGAGAAGGAGGAGGAACAGCUAGGAGACCAUGAGUGUGUGUGUGUGUGUGUAUGUGUGAAAGAAAGAGAGAGAGAGUAAGCAGCCGUACACAUGCUGGUUGGCAUGGACACACGACAGGCAAAUGGAAAAGAAAUAUUCUAAAGAUUCUGCUUCCUUCCAGUCCAUAAUCAGAUAUAUUUGUGGUAAUUUGCACAAACAUGAAAGAUGCAAAAGAUGCAGCAUGUCUUCUCUGUGGCUUUGCUGCUUCUGAUGGUAUCAUGGUAACAGCUCAAAAUGCUGUCAGAUCUGUCCUCCUGCUAGUUUGCUGUGCUGUCCUCUGCUCCUCUAUAGGGCCUCCUGUGCUGUCUUCCUAUGCCAAGACAGAAGACAAGCUGUUUAAACAUCUCUUCAGCAACUACCAGAAAUGGGUGAGACCUGUGGAGGAUCUAAACAGAACGGUGCAGGUGAAAUUUGGUCUGGCUAUCUCCCAGCUCGUGGAUGUGAAUGAGAAGAACCAGUUAAUGACAACCAAUGUUUGGAUGAAGCAGGAAUGGACAGACAUGAAGCUCCGAUGGAAUCCGGAUCAUUAUCUGGGCAUCACCUCCAUCAGAGUUCCCUCAGACUCCAUCUGGAUUCCUGACAUUGUGCUCUAUGACAAUGCAGAUGGUAAUUUCGAGGCCACAGUGACAAAAGCGGUGGUCAGAUAUGACGGCACUAUUUCCUGGACUCCUCCUGCUAACUAUAAAUCUGCCUGCACCAUCGAUGUGACGUUCUUCCCCUUUGACCUUCAGAACUGCUCCAUGAAGUUUGGCUCCUGGACCUACGAUGGUUCCCAGGUGGAUAUUCUCCUUGAAGAUGUACAUGUGGACAAACGCGACUAUUUUGACAACGGUGAAUGGGAGAUUGUGACGGCCACAGGUAGCCGGUGUUUGAGAAGUGAUGGAACCUUCUUCUAUCCAUUCAUCACUUACUCCUUUAUUAUCAGACGUCUUCCUCUUUUCUACACACUCUUCCUCAUCAUUCCCUGCAUUGGAUUGUCUUUCCUGACCGUGCUGGUGUUUUAUCUCCCAUCUAACGGAGGGGAGAAAAUCUCCCUCUGCACGUCUGUCCUCGUCUCUCUUACUGUCUUUCUUCUGGUGAUAGAAGAGAUCAUCCCUUCCUCCUCAAAGGUGAUUCCUCUCAUUGGAGAAUAUCUGGUCUUCACUAUGAUCUUCGUGACACUUUCCAUCGUCAUCACUGUCUUUGCCAUUAACAUCCAUCAUCGCUCCUCAUCCACUCAUCACAACAUGGCGCCCUGGGUCCGCCGUAUCUUUCUGCACCACUUGCCUAGACUGCUCUGCAUGCGCAGCCAUGUGGACCGCUACGCCACCACCACUGCAAGAAAUGGAAGAGAAGGGCUGGGCCAUGGGAAGAGUUCAGGCCAGGAUACCACUCCUCUGCUCAAUGCAGAACAGAGUCUGCGGGCAGCCUUAGAAUCUAUACGCUACAUCACUCUUCAUGUGGUGAAGGAGAAUGAAGUCAGAGAGGUUGUUCAGGACUGGAAGUUUGUGGCCCAGGUUCUGGAUCGGGUUUUCCUGUGGGUGUUUCUCUUUGUAUCACUGCUUGGCUCUGCUCUGCUUUUCAUUCCUGUCAUCUAUAAAUGGGCCAACAUAAUUGUUCCCAGCUAUGCUGGAAGUACCAGCUAAAACACAUGAAUGUAUACAAUUUUAAAAUCUUUGGCUUGGAUAACAUUUUUCCAUUAUUAUAUUGAUAACUGUAGUCCUCAAAACAUCUAUGCAACUUGUGGCAAUUGAGCGCUGUAAUUUAUGCAGUAACGUGCUGCAUUACAUUAUACGUUGUCUGCUGAUUUCAUUACAAUAAAAUGUACAAUACUAA